AUGGGUCUUCUCUGGGCAGCCACGGCUUUGCUGGCAGCGGAUUCAGUUCGCGCAUAUCCUUCUAGCAAGUCUUGCUCAAAUAUCGCCAAGCUAAAUGUCCCAACAACUCCAGCUGGUGCUUCAAUCCCUCAAGCCAACUCAUUCGCCUCAUUCUCAUUCGAGCCGGCCUUCUGGGUCGAGUUCUUUGGGAACGCAAGCACUCCAAAUGAGCUCACAUUUGGUGCAAUCAACCGCAUCCAUGAACAUGGCGGUCAUCCCAUCAUCCGACCUGGUGGCAUCACCAUGGACAGUAUGAUCUUCGACCCAGAAGGUGGAGACGUGGUCCGCACCACUAGCCCGGAAGGUGGUGUAUGGCGGACGACAGUUGGUCCAAACUACUACAAGAGUUGGGACAACUUCCCUCAAGACACGAAGUUCAUCUCUACCCUGAACUUUGGCAAUGAGAGCUUGGAUAUUGCUAGGGACUUGGCUGUUGCGUCGGCUAAGUAUCAGAGCGACAAGAUCGCGUACUACGAGCUAGGCAAUGAGCCGACUAACUAUCCCCGCAUCCGUUGGAACUUCUCAACGGACGCGUAUGUGAAGGAGUGGAAGGAAUAUACCAAUGCAAUUGACGCAGCAGUCAAUGCUACCGGUCACUCUAACCUCUCUAGCAACCGUUGGUGGGCCUCGUCCGCAACAACCGACGACUCGGGUCUCGAGGUUCGUCCUGUUGCACUUAUUCCGGCUGGCAUUGACUCUGAGAGCCAAGUCGGCGUCUACUCCAUUCACUCCUACGGCUUUUCUACCUGUGACCCGGCUCGCGCUGCUCUCGCGACGAUACCUAACAUUCUCAACCACACCGAACUUACGCGUUAUUGCGACGAAGAGAUCUAUCCAUCCGCCCGCGCGGCUCUCGAUGUUGGUGCGAAGUGGAACAUUGGGGAGUACAACUCCGUUUCGUGCUCUGGAGCCCCAAACGUCACCGAUACGUUCGCUCAGGCUCUUUGGGUUAUCGACACACAGCUCAUUUACGCCACUCGCAACGCUUCAGCUGUUCAUCUUCACCAGGGUGCCACCCUUGCUCUUCAGUCCAAAGAUCAGCUUAACAAACCUGGCGAGAACGGUACCCCUGGCUUCAGCACAUACUCGAUGCUCUAUCCGCGCGACAGCGCCAAGCGUGGUCCUGCACGUACCCUUCCCUCUUUCUUAGCUCAGCUCUUCAUGGCCGAGGCUUUUGCAGGUGGCGACACUCGUGUCCGAGCCCUCUCAGCCCCCGAGGGCGUGAGCUCAGAGUCUUUCGCUGCGUACGCCUUCUACAAGGAGGAUAGCAUUUCCAAGCUUGCUCUUAUCAACAUGAAACCAUACUAUGCCAACUCCACUUCAGAUUUCACUGUUCGCGUUGACUUGUCGUCUGCGAUACCUGCUGAUCAGAAGGGAAAUGCACUGGCAAAGCGCAUGACAGCACCGUACGUGAACACGGGCGACAGCAAUCUGUCGACGUGGGCGGGACAAUCUUUCCCUCAAGGCAAGGCGGAGGGUGAAAUGGCUAUUGAGACGUUAAAUGAGGACAUGAUUGUUGAUGUAAGAGGAAGCCAGGCAGUUUUGAUCUUCCUCAAUGAGGAUGAAGUUUAUGGCCGUUAA